GUUUCUUUGUUAUCUCCCAUGUGACCCACACGUUAGACAACGGAACGAGGCCAAAAGCAAUCGCACAAAGAAUUCCACAUUUAUAAUUGUACCAAGUCAACCAAACGUCCCAGCCCAAGUCUUCCUUUUCAUCAACUUCUUUGAAUUUUAUGGCUACGGAGGGGAAGUCCGCUGCUCCUCUGCACCUUCAUCUUCCCUAAAACAACCUAACUUGGAUCCUGUGAUUCUCAAUUCCCCAUCACCCACCAAAUAAGAUAACUAGAUUUGGUAGCUUUCCCCAUCUCUCUCCUCUAUUCAGAUCGAGAAAGGCCCAUUUUCUGGUUCAUCAAAUGAAUUUCCAGAUCUUUUCUUCGUUUCUCUCCCUCUUCUCUAUCAUUGAACUAUUGGUUCUCAUUCGAAUUCCUCUAUGUUUAUGCCACGUCGAUGAAUUAUACAGCCAGUGCGAAAAAAAGUUCAGCUGUGGCGACACUAUCAAGGAUGUGGGUUAUCCUUUCUGGGGAGAGGGUCAAAGGCCCAUGAAAUGUGGGCUUCCAGGAUUUGAGCUCAUUUGCGAUGAGAGAAGUAAAAUCACCACCAUGCCCAUCAUGGGAGUUACAUACCGGGUCAUCGAACUGGGGUAUCCAAUUCUUAAAAUUGCAAGAGAAGACGUGUUGGAGAUGCCGGAGGGAAGUUGUCCAACAUAUCUAAACGAUUCCAUCCUUGAUUUGCAGCACUUCGAUUAUCAUCCUUAUCAUGAUGAGUACGUAAACAUUACCCUGUUGUACAACUGCCCUGCUGCAACUACUGGCGAACCCCUUAUUGAAAUUCACAAACCUUGCAAAAUCAAUGAUUCUAGUUAUACCAGCGUUUUGCCAAUACCCCAACCCCAAAGCCAAGCUGCUCGACGUUUUCAUAAGUGCAUCGUUGGCAUCACCUUUCCAAUUCGACAGAUUGACCUUAAAGAACUGGGGGAUCUACUGGGAUUGAGUGGAGUACUGCGACGUGGGUUCGAGGUGAUGUGGAAAUUGAAGGAGGAUGAGAAUAACGCAUGUGAGGAGUGCACCCAAUCAAAAGGGCUAUGUGGAUACAAUUACUCCUCCAGUACAACCGCUUGCGUUUGUCCCAACCCGCCCUAUUUUACUCGCACUAAGUGCCACGAAGGUCAUCCACGAAAAAUUUUUAUAGGUAUUGCUGCUAGUGUGUGCCUAUGCAUGGUCAGUGUCUUCGUUGUGGGCUUUUGGAUUCUUAGGAAAGGCCUUGGAAAAACAUUCCUCUCAGGCCUAAAAAUGGAUUUUACUCAGAAGAAAUCACGAGAUGAACAAAACAUCAAGGAAUUUCUUAGAAAUUAUGGAUCUCUUGCUCUUAAAAGAUACAAGUACUCUAAUGUUAAGAAAAUGACCAACUCUUUUUCAGAUAAAUUAGGUCAAGGAGGCUAUGGAGGAGUAUAUAAAGGAAAGUUAUUUGAUGGUCGUGUUGUAGCAGUGAAACUCUUGAUAAGAAAGUCCACAAGAAAUGCAGAAGAUUUCAUAAAUGAAGUUGCUAGCAUUAGUAGAACAUCCCAUGUUAAUAUUGUCACUCUUCUUGGUUUUUGCUAUGAGGGAAGUAGAAGAGCUCUAAUCUAUGAAUUUAUGCCCAACGGAUCUCUUGACAAGUUCAUAUUUGAUCAUAAAUCUCCAAGUAAUUGUCAUAAUUUGACGUGGGAAACAUUGUUGCAAAUUGCAGUUGGCAUUGCCCGAGGGCUAGAGUACUUGCACCGAGGUUGUGCAACAAGGAUUUUGCAUUUUGACAUAAAACCUCACAACAUUCUUUUGGAUGAGUACUUUUGCCCCAAAAUUUCUGAUUUUGGCCUUUCUAAGCUAUGUCAUGGAAAAGAAAGUAUUGUGUCGAUGAUGGAUGCCCGUGGUACUUUUGGGUACAUUGCUCCAGAAGUCUAUUGUAGAAACUUUGGAGGGGUUUCUUACAAAUCUGAUGUUUAUAGUUAUGGGAUGCUAGUUCUUGAAAUGGUUGGAGGAAGAAGGAAUAUCAAUGUUGAAAGAUCUCAUACUAGUGAGAUAUAUUUUCCGAAUUGGAUAUAUAAGCACCUUGACCUAGAGGAGGAUCUGAGACUUCUUGAAGUUGUGACCGCUGAGGAAGAAGAAAUGGCAAGGAAGAUGAUUCUAGUGAGCUUGUGGUGCAUUCAAACGAUUCCAUCAGAUAGACCAUCAAUGACAAAGGUGGUGGAGAUGUUGGAAGGAAGCCUUCAAUCACUAUCCAUUCCCCCAAAGCCUACACUAUCUUCUCCUUAAGAUCAUACUGACAUACUUCCACUUCAUCACUGUCAUAAAACCUAAUUCUACAAGUUGGUGUUCUCUCAUUGGAAUGAUAAGAGGCAUUCUUCGAAUAUUGAUCCUUGCCAAAGGAUUAAUGCAAAAUAAUACCACCUUGCACUUUGCCUAA